GGCCACCACUGUAUGUUGGAGGGAUGCGUUGACACGGUGACCAAUCAUGUUUGUAUAAUCAAUAAGUACAAAUAAAAUGGCAGAUGAAGACAACAUUAUUGUACAAAUAAAAGAAUUAGACAAGGUUAGUUUGGACGUGACCGAGGAAGAUUCCAGACUAGCUUGGCACGGUCUCGUUCAGAAUUUGUCCAAUUCUGAUUUAGAAUGGCUCCGGGCAAUUUUUAAGAGUAACGUUGAGGACGACGACGAAAAUGGAGAAACGGGUCUCGAUAAAAAUGAGUUCCUUAAUGCGAUUUCGACGUUGUACGGCGAUGAGAGAUACUCCUUACAAAGUCAAAUACUGUUUACUAACAUAGCAAAAGAAAACGAUAGAAUAACAUGGGACAAUUUCUUGGAUUUUUUGAUUGAUAAUAUGUGUCCUGAUGUAGAAACUAAACUAAAGCUUGAUCUUGUAUCGAUCGAACAUGUAACUCAUACAAAGAACGAAUCGGUGGCCAAAAUUGUAUUGAUAGAAACUGACAAGUAUUUUUGCUACGCCAUUAUUUUAAAACAUGGCAGGGUAGGAUUAUACGAUGGAAAUUUAAACUUUUUAACCUCUUAUCAUGCCAUUAUGACCCGAGAGGAUAUAUCCCGGCCUGAGGAUGAACGCAGAAGACGAAACAGGUGGGUUACUGAUGCUCUGUUCUGUCCCGAUACUUUAUUAUUUAUUAUAACAAAUUCAGCAAGAACCAUAGUUAUAUAUGAAGCUUCUGGCUUAAAACAUGUUCCAUGCUGGUUAAUCAUCAGUACCCCAAAUAUUUUAGAGACAGUUGCGUAUAAACCGUACAAGAAAUUUGAUGCUGAUAGUACAAAAUGUGUUUUAUUUGCUGGAGAUUGUAACGGGGAAAUUAUGAGUAUGGUGUUUCACCAACCAGGGACCAGUUUACUUCGGAAGAAAAGAACAGAUGAUAUAUCAUUAUUUUAUUGGGAGGAUUUUCUGAAAGAAAAAGAUUACGUUACAGUAAAAAAUUAUGGAAAAGUUCAUGAGAGUGGAGUCAACCAUAUUGAAUACUUUGCAGAAAAAAAUAUUCUAUUAUCAUCCAGUGAAGAUAGCAAUGCAUCGGUUGUCGUAAAAUAUUUAAAUAACAAAAGGAAAUCGGCUUAUUACAAAAUUCCUAAAGGGGUCGGCUGUUUUGCAAUGAGUACCCAACAUAAAAUUCUAAUAACUGGAAGUUUCAAUGGCAUUAUUCGAUUGUGGAAUUUUCUAAUAUCCAAAGCUAUUUACGUUGUGAAGGAACAUAGUUGUCAAGUUGUCGAUUUGAAAGUAUUAGAUAGGCAAGAAAUUUUCAUAGGCUGUUUUUGGGACGGAAUUGUGAAAAUAUGGGAUUUAAAAGAAUAUUCGUGCCUGCAGACGCUCAAGCUCAAAUUCCCUUCCUUCGCUAUUCAUGGAAAAGUUAUAGAGUGGGGAAUAAACUGCAUUUAUCCCGGUCCCAAAAGACAACAGCCGGGAAGCGGAGAUGAUGCGGAACGAAAAAAGGAAUGCUUCGGUAUAAACGACAUAGAUGAAAAGAAAAUUGAAUCGAAAAAUGAUAAGCUCAGAGAACAUCACAUUUUCGAAAGAUCGUUUCUCCUAGUAUCUUGUUGCAAUCACAUCGCCAAAGUGAGAAUGAACUUCAACGAAUCAUCAAUCGAACUUGGAUUUAGUUACCCGAUAUUGCCACCACCACCUUUACAAAAUAGUGUUUUAAUUCCAACCAACUGGGGAUUGCAGAAUGAAGCCAUAACUACUGAAAAGUUUGAUCGAGAAUUAAACGCCAACGUGAAAAAGCAGUUAGAGGAGCUGAGUUUUAUUUUAGACAAAAACAUUCUGGAGGAGAGGGAUCAGAGGAGCGACAUAAAUUACAAGAUAGCUAUUUUGGAAUCGAAAAAAGAGCAGAUGAAGGCAAAAGUUGCUCUGGGAGCGCCCUACUUGGCACUGGACAUCGCUAAUAUCCAAGAACUCAGUUUGCCGCAAUCAAUUUCCUGUCCCAGCAGGAAAAAAAGUAAAAAAUACGCCGAUCAAAUUAAGCAGCUACUGGCGAAUGCGUCGAAUAAAGACGAGAUCUUCUCUGAACCGUCGAGCAGUAGGUCGAAAUCGAAUAGGAGCAGCAUCGUGGAGUUUCCUUUGUAGGAAGCAUUACUUUGUUAAGAGGUUAUAACAGUUUAAAAGGAAUAUUUUAAAAUUAACUACAGUAUGUCCCCGGAUUGUCUGUACAGGGGGAAACACUUUUUAUUUAUUUA